GCAAUUUAGUCGAUUCGGUUAUGAACGAACCCUAAGGCGGAAGAAGACCCGUCCUCUCGCUGCGUGGCGGAUUGGUAUAUGAGAAGGAGCGGUUGCGGUGCGAGCUCUUCCCAGGGCGUAAUAGAGGUAUACGAGCCGUAGAGGGCGACGAGCGGCAGCGAGAACCGAGUAGAUGGAUCGGUACCAGAGGGUGGAGAAACCAAGGGAAGAGACCCCGAUCAAUGAAAAUGAAAUCCGUAUCACGACGCUGGGGAGGAUGCGCAACUAUAUCACGUACGCUACCAGUUUGCUUCAGGAAAAAAAUUCAAAUGAUAUUGUCUUGAAGGCGAUGGGGAGAGCUAUCAAUAAGACUGUUAUGAUUGUAGAAUUGAUCAAGAGAAGGAUAGUUGAUCUUCAUCAAAAUACUGUGAUUGGAUCCACAGACAUAACUGACACAUGGGAACCAUUAGAGGAAGGCUUACUACCGCUGGAGACUACUAGACAUGUUUCAGUAAUCAGCAUAACUUUGUCAAAGACAGAACUGGAUAUAUCUGCUGUUGGGUAUCAACCUCCUUUGCCCAGAGAUCAGGUGAAACCCUUGGCUGAAUUCAACUAUGAAGGAGAAGACUCUCCUUCUGGUCGUGAAAGAGGCCGUGGUGGACGUGGUAGAGGAAGGGCUCGUGGUAACCGUCCAUCCAAUUAUAAUGAUGGAAACUGGGACAGUAGAGGUCGAGGAUUCGCUAGAGGUGCCUAUGGCCGCAGCAGAGGCCGGGGUUACCGUGGGCGAGGCAGAGGUGGUUAUGGCGGACAGCCUGAUUAUCAGCAGGAAAACAGUGGUUACGCCUACAACGAUGAGGCUCCCAUACGGAACCGUGGUAGAGGUGGUUAUGGUGGACAGCCUGAUUAUCAGCGGGAAAACAGUGGUUACGCCCACAACGAUGAGGCUCCCAUACCGAACCGUGGUAGAGGUGGUUAUGGUGGACAGCCUGAUUAUCAGCAGGAAAACAGUGGUUAUGCCUACAACGAUGAGGCUCCCAUACGGAACCGUGGUAGAGCUCGUGGACGAGGACCGGCCCGCGGAAGGGGUGGCAAUUCUCGACCGAAUGGUUCGAUCCGUGAAAGCACCGGAGCCUAACUGGAUCGGUCUCGUUCACUAUGUUUCUACUUGUUGACUCUUGAUGGAUGCCUGCUCUUAAUCGGAAGAGAUUGUAGUUCCAGUGAUUACUUUGUUAGUCUUGCGUUGUACUUGUGGAUUCCAAAGGUUUAGGCAGCUGCUACGUGUUACCAUUUUUAUUUUAGGUCAAUUGUAGGGUCUGAUCAGUAGAGCAGUACAUUCUUUUAUUUGUUCAAGAGGUUUUAUUUAUGAUAAAUGAUCUAAUUUGGAAAAAAAAAAUGUUCUGUAAAAAUGAGUGAAUUUUUAGCACAUUGAUUGACUGCUUUUGUGUGA